UUGUGAUUAUGGUACUCAAAAUAGCAAGCAGAGGCAAAACCAAAAGCUCCAGUUCAAAUCUACCACCAGGACCACGCAAGCUACCCUUUAUAGGGAACAUCCACCAGCUUGCUGGAUCUCUACCCCAUCAUAGUCUGCGAAACUUGGCCAAGAAAUAUGGACCCUUUAUGCACCUAAGGCUUGGAGAAGUUUCCACCGUAGUUGUUUCAUCAGCAGAGUUUGCCAGAGAGGUGAUGAAAACUCACGACGCUACUUUUGCAUCAAGGCCCCAUCUCCUUGCUGCAACCAUCGUGUCUUACAACGCCACAAACAUUGUGUUUGCAAAAUAUGGUGAUUACUGGAGACAACUGCGAAAAUGCACACUAGAGCUCCUAAGCACAAAGCGUGUUCAAUCUUAUCGACCUAUUAGAGAGGAAGAGAUGCUGAAUCUCAUCAAAUGGAUUGCUUCAAAAGCCAGGUCACCUAUCAAUCUUACAGAGAAAAUUUACUCAUCUACAUAUAUGAUCACUUCACGAGCAGCCUUUGGUAAAAAGAGCAAAUAUCAUGAAGAUUUUAUAGAUGUUGUGAAGGAAGGUACACAAUUGGCAGGAGGCUUUGAUCUUGCAGAUGUCUUUCCUUCUUUCAGUUUGCUUCAUAUGAUAACUGGGAUGAGGCCUAAACUUGAAAGGUUGCACAAAAAAUCUGACAGGAUACUGGAAAACAUCAUCAAAGAACACAAAGAUAAGGCAACAUCAAAAGGUUCUGAGAGGGAAGCACAGGAAGACCUGGUAGAUGUACUCUUAAAAUUUCACGAGGAUAAUGAUGGCCCUGAAUUUAACCUAACUACUGACAACAUCAAAGCAGUAAUCUUGGACAUUUUCGGAGCUGGGAGUGAGACAUCCGCAACAGCUGUAGACUGGGCAAUGUCAGAAAUGAUUAAAAAUCCACAAAUAAUGAAAAGGGCACAGGAUGAGGUGAGGGAAGUGUUCAAUAGAAAAGGGCAGGUAAGUGAAACAAGCAUCAAAGAGAUGAAAUAUUUAAACUCAAUUAUUAAGGAGACACUCAGAUUGCACCCAUCUGCCCCUCUGUUAAUUCCAAGAGAAUGCGGAGAGAGGUGUGAGAUUGGUGGAUAUGAAAUACCUGUCAAAACAAAGGUAAUUGUCAAUGGAUGGGCAAUUGGUAGAGAUCCAAAGUACUGGACUGAGCCUGAGAGCUUUCAUCCAGAUAGAUUCCUUGAUAGCUCAAUUGAUUUCAGGGGAACAAACUUUGAGUAUAUCCCAUUUGGUGCUGGAAGAAGAAUGUGUCCCGGCAUAACAUAUGGUCUGGCCAAUGUGGAGCUCCCACUUGCAAUGUUAUUAUACCAUUUUGAUUGGAAACUCCCAAAUGGAAUGAAACAUGAAGACCUGGACAUGACUGAGGCCUUUGGCAUUACAGUCCGUAGAAAAGAAGAUCUGCGCCUUAUACCCAUCCCAUAUCAUCCUCCACCAACUGAACAAACCCAAGUGUAA